AUGCCCGAACAUGUUGAACAUAGGAAACUUGCCCAUUCCAGGCCCACCCUUGAUAGUCGGGAAGUAGAUGAACAUGCGAGGUACGAGAAUUAUAAACGAGAGGGAAAAUCGAAUGGUGUAGCAAAUGGAGAGGACCUGGAAACUGGAAAAACUGACUACUUCAUGCACUACCUGCCAGUUCCACUAGAUUCAAAAUCUGAUGGGGGAGUUGUUCUCCAAAGAAAGCGGGCUAAAUAUUCUAUAAACGACAAGAAAAAUAUUCCGAAUAAAAGGAAAGGUAAAUCUGGAUCAGGAGCAUCGGACAAGGAAUAUUUUUUUAAUCCGGACUUCCCGUUCACUUUUCUAGGAAGUUAUCCCGGAACGGACGGGUGGAACGACACUCUGAUAAUGCAUGAAAACUCGUAUACGAGUCACGAUGACGACGUCCCAACGGUGCAGGAGAUAAGCACGAGGACGGUACACUUCCAUGAUGAUUUUGGACCACAUGAUGUCGAUAAAGAGGCGAUCUUAGACUUUGUCGCAAAUUUUCCUUGGCCGGGUUGGUGUUAUCCUGAACAAGACGAAGAAGAAGCUGGCACAUGUUGCGAAACGCACGAAGAUUGCGAAGAUCGGAUAGAGCCUUCAGAAGAAAAAUUCGGAUUGGAAAAUAAAAGUCUUUUCAAGAGGUUACAUUGCGCAUGUGAAUUCAACUUCUUCAAAUGCUUGAAGGGUAACGGAGAUGUCAUCAGUAAUUCGCUGGGUGUAGCAUACUUCAAUAUUAUAGCUCCAAAAUGUUUUGCAUCGGAACAAAGAAUCUCUUGCCUAUCUAGAAAUAGAUGGAAGAAAUGUGUCAAGUAUGGAUACGAUCAAAAGUCCAAAAAAGGUUAUCAAUGGGUGGAUACACCAACAUAUUGAUGUCAAGUUGUGACGUGAAUUCGCUAUGGAGAAAAUGGAAAAUCUUUUAAUUUUUUUUU